GAGGGAGGAGGGAGGGGGGGUGGUGGAGUGGAGGGGAGAGGAGGGGAGGGCGGCAGGCUCUGUUUACCUUCCUGUUUUUUUUUUAAUUUAUUUUUUCUCCAGUUUUUUGGGGUUUGUGGAGUAGGCUCCAGGCUGGACCGCAUGCAUGACACAACGCAAAGGCGAGAAACCCACCAUCAGCAUCCAGGAGCACAUGGCCAUUGACGUGUGCCCUGGCCCCAUCCAGCCCAUCAAGCAGAUCUCAGACUACUUCCCCAGGUACCCGCGGGGCCUCCCCCCAGCAGCGCCCCAGCAGGCGGGCCACGCCGGGCCCCCGAGCCCUGCCCUCUCCACCUCCACCUCCACCUCCACCUCGGCCGCCUCCUCCGCCGCCGAAAGUGAGCGGCCGAAUGAGGAUAAGCCGGAGCGAGCCGGCGCCUCCGCCUCCUCCUCGCAGGCCAGCAGGAGGGACGAGGAGCCCGACGUGGAGGGAUACGAUUCGGACGAGUCCACCACGUUGGGGACCUUGGAAUUCAGUUUGCAGUACGACCAGGAGAACAACGCACUGAACUGCACCAUCAACAAAGCCAAGGGACUCAAGCCCAUGGACCACAACGGGCUCUCCGACCCUUACGUCAAGUUGCAUCUGCUGCCCGGAGCCAGCAAGGCCAAUAAACUUAGAACCAAGACCCUGCACAACACACUGAACCCCGUCUGGAGCGAGACCCUGACCUACUACGGCAUCACCGACGAGGACAUGGUCCGAAAGACUCUCAGGAUCUCGGUGUGCGACGAGGACAAGUUCCGACACAACGAGUUCAUCGGGGAGACGCGGAUUCCCCUCAAGAAGCUGAAGCCCAACCAAAUCAAAAACUUCAACAACUGCCUGGAGAAACAAUUACCUGUCAACAAGACGGAGGACAAGUCCCUGGAGGAACGGGGGCGCAUCAUGAUUUCCCUCAAGUACAACACCCUCAAGUCCUGCCUGGUGGUGGGCAUCAUCCGCUGCGCCCACCUCGCCGCCAUGGACGCCAACGGCUUCUCCGACCCCUACGUCAAAACGUACCUGAAGCCCGACGAGAACAAGAAGUCAAAGCACAAGACGGCCGUGAAGAAGAAGACGCUCAACCCGGAGUUCAACGAGGAGUUCUGUUACGACAUUAAAUACGCUGACCUCACCAAGAAGACCUUGGAGGUGACCGUGUGGGACUACGACAUCGGCAAGUCCAACGAUUUCAUUGGAGGAGUAUCUCUGGGCAUCAAUGCAAACGGAGAGAGGCUCAAACACUGGUUUGACUGCCUUAAAAACAAGGACAAGAAAAUUGAGCGCUGGCACACGUUGACCAAUGAAUUACCGGGUUCAUUGAACGACUGAAGACCCCCCCCCCGCCCCCCCUCCAGAUAGGACUUCCUGCCCCGGUUUUCCCGUCUUCUUCUCUGGAUUCUCCUCACAGCGACCUGCGACACCUCUUUGGGGUGUUUCCCCUGAACAGAAACACCCUCAGCUCUGUGUUCUCAUGUACGAGUUUCAUUUAUGAUCAACACAAAUUCAAUGGAACAAAAUGAUCAAUCAAGGGAAUCGGGGUGUUCAAUUCGUACCCUUCUACAAUUCUGAAUUUGAUCAGCGCAGAACAAAAAAAAAAAAAAGAGUCCGCUGCUUUCUAUUCGAUGAGUUCUUUUGACAGCAGCUGAAUAAAUCCCCAAUAAUGGACCAAUCGAGUGGAGAAUCCAACAAGGAUGUA